AUGGCGCUCUUCCAAUGGCGCGAUGAAAUCACAGUGAAAAAGUUCACAGAGUCCGCGUUCACGAACUUUGGUGGUAACCUCUUCCUUCCGACUACAAUUGUGCAGCGCAUUGUAGAUUGUGCACAUGCCGGUAAGCUUACCUCGCUCGAGCAGCUGAAGAAAGAGGUUGCAUGGAGGAAGGAUUGGAUGGAUGAGUACGGCAAACCAAUACUUGAGAUCGUGCGUUUAUCGCAUCCGCUACAUCAGGAAAACCCCACUUUUUCUUAA